AUGAAGCUUAAAAAUUGGUUUGCAAGUGUUUUGUUGCUAACUACUGUUAUGCUAACCACUACAUUAGGUGCAUUUGUGGGGGUGAACAUUGGCACCGAUGUCUCUGAUAUGCCAUCUGCUUCAAAUAUAGUUGCUAUUCUUAAAGCUCAUCAAAUUACUCAUGUACGUCUUUACGAUGCCAAUGCACACUUACUACAAGCCCUUUCAAACACCAGCAUUGAUGUUAUUGUUGGUGUCACGAACGAAGAGGUACUCAGAAUUGGAGAAUCUCCUUCAGCAGCUGCUGCGUGGAUAAAUAAAAAUGUAGUUGCUUAUGUACCUUCCACCAAUAUCACGGCAAUAGCUGUUGGGAGUGAGGUUCUUUCCACAAUCCCAAAUGUUGCUCCUGUUCUUGUUCCUGCCUUGAAUUCUCUGCACAAAGCUCUGGUUGCGGCAAACCUUAAUUUUCGAGUCAAGGUUUCGACUCCACAAUCUAUGGAUAUUAUCCCUAAGCCUUUUCCUCCUUCUACUGCCACCUUUAACUCUUCGUGGAACUCUACAAUGUAUCAACUUCUCCAGUUUUUGAGAAACACAAAUUCCUCUUUCAUGUUAAAUGCGUAUCCUUAUUAUGGAUACACUAAAGGAGACGGCAUUUUCCCUAUUGAAUACGCUCUUUUCCGACCCCUUCCCUCGGUGAAGCAAAUUGUUGAUCCAAACACACUAUAUCACUAUAACAGUAUGUUUGAUGCUAUGGUGGAUGCUGCCUAUUACUCUAUAGAAGCGUUAAAUUUCAAAGAUAUACCUGUUGUUGUCACGGAAACUGGCUGGCCAUCUUUUGGUGGAGCAAAUGAACCCGAUGCUACUGCAGAAAAUGCUGAGACCUACAGUAAUAAUAUGAUCCAGCGGGUCCUGAAUGAUUCCGGUCCACCUAGUCAGCCGAAUAUACCAAUUAAUACAUACAUAUAUGAACUGUUUAAUGAAGACAAGAGAAACGGACCUAUAUCAGAAAAAAAUUGGGGAAUUGUAUUUACUAAUGGAAGUGCUGUUUAUCCUUUGAGUUAUGGCGAUGCUACUGAUCAGACAACUGGAAACUCUUCGGGAGUAUUUUGUGUGGCUAAAGAUGGAGCAGACACUGAUAAGCUGCAAGAUGGCCUGAGCUGGGCUUGUGGACAAGGCGGAGCAAACUGUGCUCUUAUUCAACAAGGGCAGCGAUGCUAUCUCCCCAAUAGUGUGAAAAGCCAUGCCUCUUAUGCUUAUAAUGAUUAUUAUCAGAAAAAUCAAGGUGUUGGUGGAACAUGUGACUUUGACGGUACCGCUGAAAUUACUACCCAUGAUCCAAGUUAUGGAUCAUGUAGAUUCUCCGGAAGCUCCGGCGCCGGAGGAGUGAGUUUACCGCCUACGGCACUCGGACCUUCAAGUCCCUCUGGAGAAAGUAUGAACUUGCAAGUCUCUGGCCUCCAGUAUUUGGUAUCUGCAAUUGGUGUAUUUUUUGCUCUAAUGAUUUAA